AGCUCUCUUACGCACUGAAUCAGCUCGCUACGUCCAGUGCAUUACUAUCAAAGGGGAUAUACGGCCCAAUCCGAAAAUCGACGGCAAGAGUUCGCUGGAGUGGUUCCGCUCUACAGGCCUAGAUGAAAUAGUGCCAGACUUGGGCAUGGCGAGUACAAGCUACCACUACGUGGUUUAUGAUGAGCCCGUCAUCAAGAAAGCUUCUGAGGAAGACCUAUCUUGGGACCCUAUCCUAAGCCUGAUUCGAAUAACACCUCACUUAAAGGAUCUGAUAUAUGACUGCAAGAGUCAAUUCCCACCAAGCCUGCUCAGCACUCUUCACACGCAGUAUCCACAGUGUCGAUUACACCAUCUCACUUUCCGCUUCCGGACCUUGCUAUGGGGAGUUCCAUAUCCAUACGAGAUGGAACUUGCCACAUCCCCUUUGCUUUACAAAGCGAAGCUGAUUUUCACCUUCCGGGACUCAGAUUACGAUGAUGAUUUCAAUGAGGAUGCCCUCAUAGAAUUGGCCGCUGGGCUUGCUCCGAACCUUAAGGAAAUUAUCACUGUGUGUAUCAUGGCAUACCGUUCUGGAAGCGACUACCGCGUCAAGGAGACCUGGCAUGGUCUUCCAAGGUCUCGUGACGGGACAAAGGGAUCCUUAACAUCAUUGAGCCUCCAAGGAGUAUUGUCAUCGUCGCAAUGGACUCUGGAGAGAUGGGCUACACAUACAGACUUCAAGUGCCUGCGAUAUCUCGAUCUGGGACUGGAGCGCGAUUACAAUUCACGCGCACUAAAUGGCGAGACAAUGGAAUGGCUGGUUCAGAAUCAUUCGUUUCCCCAGCUAAAAACACUAAAAGUAUCUCUUGACCGAGAUCGUACCUUCCACGGCCGCCCGAACUUCAGCGAGGAUGCAGUGUCCUUUUUCGAAUCACUAGAACCCCUCGAGCAGCUUUCUGUCCAUGGGGCAAUUGACGAACAGACUGUAGACGCUAUAUUGUCUCGUCAUGGGAAAACGUUGCAGCAGCUCAGUUUGCGCCCUCAAGAGUCACGUUACGCUGAAGAUCGUGACCCUCAUCAAGAAAUCCCUAUGGAAUUCGCUAAGGAGCAUCUGAUUCAGAUCGAAGCGCAGUGUCCGAUACUGGAGGAUCUUUCCAUCACGAUCAAGCGGGACAUGUCAAGCCCAUCAGAAACGUCAAUGUACAGGUGUUUCAGCAAAAUGAAGAGACUGCGAUCCCUCUUCCUCACCCUUGAUUGUUCAAAUUUGCGAGUCUCCCGAAAUCCUGAGUACAACCCCAAUUUUGAAGGGGAAGACCAGCAGCUUGUCGGUAGAGGCCCUCAGAAGAGAGGUGACUUGAGACAAACGCUCAUCAAUUGCGCCGUAGACGAGACACUAGCACGUUCCAUCUGUUAUGCCAUUAACCAGGAUAAGACAGGUACACAGCUGGAGCAUCUCAAAAUUUGGACUAUGGGCGGCUGUGAAUAUAAUAGCGAACCAGGCGUCUAUUGCGAUAGCGAAAUUUUGAGGAAUCUGGGCCGGUCAUGGUUAAUUGAGCGUAAUCCGAGAGAUGACCGCAACGACUUCAUCAUCAGAGAACUAGGCAAGCAUGCAGAGGCGUUGAAAGAAAAACUCACGGAGUCAAAACUUACGGAGUCCGCACUAGGGCAGGUAUUUCGUUCCAUUUGGCCUUCCAGAGAGGGCAGCAAAGGCUGGAGGCACGACUGGUCGAGCUUUCCCCUACGAAAUUGAAACCCGAUCUAAAAUCUCUACACUCAUUCCAUAUGUUGUUCAAUACAGUAGUCUCUGACC